AGCAAAACAGCAGCGUUCCAAGUCUCCCCGCAGGCCUGCUUAUAUUCACACAACACACGGGCAAACACCGCAAGAGUAUCACACGCUUACAUGGCUUCACAACAAUCACAGACAAGCUGUGACCUGCACAAGUAUGACUCGGGAAGUGACAGGACCAGGACAACUUUUGGAGGAACGCGUAGGCGUGGCCACAGAAGAAGUCCGCCAGUGUCCGUUCCAACCGAGCCUGCCCCAGAGUCUGCUAGAAGUGUAGAGAAAGCAAGAAAACCUUCUCCCAAAAAGACCAAGAAGGUGCCUCUCGUUGCGCUCCUCUAUGCAAAAUGUAAGCGAAGGUCGCAAAAGCAAUCCGCACGAAAACGGGAGAAGACUGCUCGUCAAGCUGCAACCACAUCUUCAGCCGCAACUCAGCCGAAACAUAACAAUGCUAAGUGUCAUCGUCAUCGCAGCCGCACCGAGCAUCAUCGACCGAUAAUCGAAGAGAGGCAUGAAGUACUGGAUCUUAGAAAUGACAACGCGAAGCAGCUUGAGGAUAAAAUUUUAGACUCGAUGCUAGCAGUGCUAAAACAUGAAGACGAGUUGAAGCAACGGUGGCUUGUAUCCGACCAAGACGAAGGGAAGGACAUUGGAAAAUUUAUACUCGAUGAAUUGAUGAAUGAAAUGGCUCCAAGAAAUCCUGAGAAGACCAUGGAAACCAUCUCUCAAACGAAAGAGUUUCCAGCAAGGCAUCACAGUACACCGGCGCAAACAAAAGAGGAUCUAACAAUGCACCGAGGCAUUGAUCAUUUAGUGGUGACCGAGUUGCAAACAAAGGAGGAACCAACAAAGAUUGACAGUAUAAUGACCGAGAUAGAGGAACCGACAAGGCAUCGAAGCACUGGCAGCACAGUGGGGAACGACUUGCAAACAAGGGAGAAGCCAAGGAAUGAAAAGCACGAAAAACUACUUGCCAUGAUCAUGGACGAACAAGUGGAAGAAAUCUCUGCCGAGCUCUUGCUCUUCUGCGACGACUUUGUAGAGGAUAUAUACUCGUCGGAGUUUGCAUACGCGGAUGAUAAGUAACCAGCAAGCUCGUCUUUUAUU